AUGAAUGAUAGAUACAGUCCUAAUCCUGUUCACUUUAAUGCUGCCACAUCCAAGAAGUGUGACCGUGUUGACUUUAAAACCGCUCAAGCCGAAUCUCUCCUGGGUUUCCUUAUCGCUCAACUAUUGGACCAAGUGGACUUUGUUUCCAAGUAUUGGCAAUUCAAAAUUUACGAAGACGCAAAGUGCAGGACAGAUGCUAUUUCAGGAGUUCUCGGAGUAAACCACAAAGAUUCGGUUUCUUUAUACUCAAUGUCAGAAUUUAUCUCGCGUCCGGAAAACACAUUGGAAUGGCUAAAAAGGUUUAAUAAGUCGAUCUAUAGAUCGAUCGUCGAAGAGGAGAUCGCCAUCAUUUAUAAUUUGGGUGAUAGAUUUGAGCAUAUGGUGACACUGCAGUCAUAUUUGAGGGGUGAGAUGAAUCCGUUCAAACGAUUAACGAAUGACGGAGGAAGGCUGCUGACUCCCGAGGAUGCCAAUAUAUGGAUAAUAAUGACCUAUAUGACAAUGAAACUCUUGGAAAAAAUUGUGAACCCAAAAGAUGAUCACAUCUUUCGAAAGCAGAAUCCAACGGAUUCAUUCAUUCGCGAGCAUCUGAUCAAGGAACUAGAAGAACUUUUGGCCACGAGUAAGGAAUUUGCGUUAGAUGAGAGGUGGAUAAAAUCGGAAGAACUGGAGAACACGUCCGGAGCAGGGAGUCAACACAUCGAUUGCGCGAGGAAGACUGAUUCGAUUGAAGGGUCGAAGAAGGUCGAGAAUCCCACUUUAGUUACUUGCGCCGCAAAAAAUCCGGGACAGGACAUCCGAGAUAAAAUGUAG